AUGAAGACUUGCGCCUCUGAAGAUUGGAAGGGCAAGGUAGAUCCGUUGCAAACUUGUCUAUGUAAUGUUGAUGUACAUGAAAAUCAUUACAGCAUAGAAGAGAGGAGAUGUGAUGAAGAUUGUGGAGGCUGUGGCUUUAUAUGCGCAUGUAGAUGUUGUAAACCUCGCCAACGUGGAAUAUAUGGAGGCCUAGCCACGGGUGCAGUCGUAGUCGCGGUUACGAUUGGUAUAGUAAUCUAUUACGUUGUAACGCAUCACAUUGCAUCUCUCAAGGCAGUUGGUAACUAUGUGUCUAAUAAACUAUGGGGACCUAGAAAACUAAGAUUUAUUCCCAGGUCGGAGUUGGACCUCCCCAAAAGUACGCAUAUUCCCGAAAGCAUGGACAUUGAUCCCUACUCCUUCUUCCCGUCCAAGGAUCUCAUGUAG